CACGCGGCGGGUGCUGUAGGUUAGGAGCUUACGUCACGUGUGCUCCCAGCUUCCGGUUGAAGUGUAAAUGGAUACAUGACACUGUUGUUUGGAGGAAAAAAGCUGCUUUUCUUCUUUUGGAAAACCGUUGACGUCCACAAAACUACCGACGUGGGUUUGAUAUUGUAACGGCCGACAGUCCCGUGUAGACUCGGCCGCGAUGGAGGCGGUUCCCCGAAUGCCGAUGAUCUGGCUUGAUCUGAAGGAGGCUGGGGAGUUCCAGUUCAGUCCGUGUGUCAGGCAGUUCAUCUUGAAGAAUUAUGGAGAGAAUCCAGACACCUACAACGAACAGCUGAAGAAACUGGAGACGCUGCGGCAGAGUGCGGUAAAUGUGACGAGGGAUUUCGAGGGAUGCAGCACACUGAGGAAGUACUUUGGCCAGCUGCAUUACCUCCAGAGCCGAGUACCCAUGGGAACGGGCCAGGAGGCUGCUGUUCCCAUCUCAUGGACAGAAAUCUUCUCUGGAAAAACAGUCACCCACGAUGACAUCAGCUAUGAGCAAGCCUGCAUUCUCUACAAUCUUGGGGCCCUGCACUCCAUGUUGGGAGCCAUGGAUAACAGGGUGUCUGAGGAGGGGAUGAAGGUGUCGUGCACGCACUUCCAGUGCUCGGCGGGGGCGUUCUCCUACCUGAGAGACCAUUUCAGCCACAACUUCAGCGUGGACAUGAGCCACCAGAUUCUUAACCUCAACAUCAACCUUAUGCUGGGCCAGGCUCAGGAGUGUCUUCUGGAGAAGUCCAUGUUAGACAACCGGAAGAGUUUCCUGGUUGCUCGCAUCAGCGCUCAGGUGGUGGAUUACUACAAAGAGGCCUGCAGGGCUCUGGAGAACUCGGAGACAGCGUCUAUGCUGGGAAAGAUUCAGAAAGACUGGAAGAAACUGGUUCAGAUGAAGAUCUACUACUUUGCUUCUAUUGCACAUCUUCAUAUGGGAAAACAGGCCGAGGAGCAGCAGAAGUACGGAGAGAGGUUGGCGUACCUGCAGAGCUCCUUGGACAAGCUCAGUGAAGCCAUCAAGCUGGCCAAGGGUCAACCUGACAGUGUGCAGGAUGCCUUGAGAUUCACCAUGGAUGUUAUCGGGGGAAAGUUUAAUUCAGCAAAAAAGGACAAUGACUUCAUCUAUCACGAGACGGUUCCUUCUCUGGAGACUCUGGCCUCAGUCAAAGGUGCCCCACUGGUGAAAGCGCUACCAGUCAACCCCACAGACCCCAGUGUUACUGGACCAGACCUGUUUGCCAAGUUGGUGCCCAUGGCUGCCCAUGAAGCUUCUUCUCUGUACAGUGAGGAGAAGGCCAAGCUGCUGAGAGACGUCAUGAUCAAGAUUGAGAGCAAGAAUGAAACACUAGAGCAGUUCAUGGACUCUCUGGGCUUGGAGCCGGAGUCGGUGGACAACCUGGACAUGUACAGCCACAUCCCUCCGGUCCUGAUGGAGAAGUGUGCUGCUCUCAGUGUCCGACCUGACACCGUCAAGAGUCUCAUCCAGUCCAUGCAGGGGCUCUCCGGUGUCUUCACCGAUGUGGAGUCUUCACUGAGGGAGAUCAGAGACGUCCUAGAGGCAGACGAGGCCAGCCUGCGAGCCCUUCAGGAGGCUGGCGGCCCUGCUGCAGCCGAGGCGCACCCAGCAGCGCAGGCCCAGGCUCUGGCUGAGAUCCGCAGGGACCUGGAGAAGUACAUGGAGGCCCACGAGAAGGCCAGUUUUACCAACACGGAGCUCCACCGGGCCAUGAACCUACACAUAAGCAACCUGCGUCUGCUGGGUGGGCCACUGGAAAGUCUGAAAGAGGCCCUGCCCCGACCCCAGCUCAGCGAAGAGGAAGUUGCAGGGCUGCAGUGUAUGAAGCGAAUCCUGGGGAAGGUGCAGGAAAUGAGGGAACAGAGAGGCUGUUUGGAGAAACAGCUCCGCGACCUCAUCCAGCAGGACGACAUCACCUCCACCCUCGUCACCACAGAAAGGGCAGACAUGAAGCGUAUAUUUGAGGAGCAGCUGAAGAAGUACGAGCAGGUGAAGGUGUAUAUUGACCAGAAUCUGGCAGCUCAGGAGAACAUCCUGAAGGCCCUGACCGAGGCCAACGUCCAGUACGCCUCGGUCCGUAAAGGCCUGAGCCUGACUGAGCAGCAGUGGAACGGCACGGUGCAGGGACUGGUGGGCUCGUACGAAGCCUAUGAGGACCUGAUGAAGAAGUCUCAGGAAGGGAAGGAGUUCUACGAGGACCUGGAGGCCAAAGCAUCACGUUUGCUGGAAAGAGCGAAGACUCUCUGCCAGUCCAGGGCAGAGGACAGGAAGCCCGCCUUGGAAAAAGAGACACAGAAGAAGCCCCCAGCACGGCCUACAGCAGCCAAGCCCUCCUUAAAUACCAAGGCUUCAGAUGUCGACUCUGCCUGCUCUAGCCUGGAGGAUCCAGAGUUGGCUGAGCUUAGUGCAGCCAUCUUGGCCUUGGGGGGUGACCUACCCGAGGAGCUCCGUAGCCUCCCGCCGGACAUUCCUUCUUUUUCCAACACUGCAGCUCGUCUCCCCGGGCAUGAAGCCUUCAUGCAUCCUUCUGCCAACCUGGGCGGCAGCAGCUCUCUGCCUUGGCCGGGUGCUCCAGCUGCUGGUCUUCAUCGCUUCCCUGCCAACCUGCCUCCCCCAGAGCUCCUGGCACGGAUUGCUCAGUUUCCUACUUCUGGGCCUCUACAUGGACCUAUGCCACGCGGACCCCUUCCUCAGAUGACUCCACAGAUGCCUCCACAAAUGCCGACUCAGGCAGCUGUGUCAGGUUAUCGGCCACCCCCUCCUCAAGCCCCCCAACCUGGCCUUGUAGCCCCCGUCCCAGUUCGGCCAUCGACCACCACCGUGGAUAGCAUCCAGGGCCCUAUCCCCAGCUACGCCUCUACACCACACCACCAUGACCCCCCUGCAGCCUCAACUGGCUACACUGUACCUCCACAAAUGGGGGCUUACCCCCAGUUUGUGCCCCGACCAGGGAUGCCAAUUCAAGGCCCACCCCAACCACAGCAGCAGAAGCAGCUGCAGCCGUACCCUCAGCCCACUGGGCAACCACUGCCUCAGGGGUACCAGCCUGGACCGAGGGCUAUUCCUGGCCCUCACCCUCAUCUCCAGGCUCAGCAAGCCUACCCACAUGGAUAUAUGCCCCCUCAGCCUGGUGUCCCCCCCCAUUACCAGCAGGCAUUCCCAGGUCAACUGCAGCCACAUCAACAACAAAAUGGCUAUCAGCCCCAGCCUCAGAUACCCCAAGGCUACCAGACUCCACAGGGCUACGUGCCCCAGCAGCACCCUCAGAUGAUGCCAGGCUCCCUGCCAAGGCCACCUCAGGGCCAGAUGCCACACAUACCCCCAACUUCUCAGCCAGCACCUCCUGCAUCUCAACCCUACCUGCCCCACCCCCACCAACAGAUGCCCCCUGGACUCCCUCACCAACACAUGUUGCCACAUCAGCAACAAAUCUCAAUGCCCCCUAACGCCCAGCAGAUUCCUCACCACCCACAGAUGCAGAUACCGGGUGGUCCCAGAGGACAAAUGCCCCCCACAAGUCAACCAAUGCCAUCAGUCUCGCAGAACUACAUGCCCCCCAGUAGCCAGCCCCUUCACCCUACCCUGCACCCACAGAUGUCCCCAGCCUCACAACCACAUAUGGUCCCUGGUCCUCAGGUCCACCUGCCAAGGGGCCCUAUGCCCCAGAUGCCACCCAGUGCACUACCCCAACAACAUCACCCCCACCCCGGGCAGCCUCCUAUACCAAACAUGCCCCAACAGCCCAUGCGGAUGCCCAGCCAACCCCAGGCUCAGCCCCCUCAUUCUGGGGGAGUGUGCUACCCUGGAGGGGCUCCAAUGAUGCCUCAGCAGCCCCUGGCACCACAGCCUGCAGCUUCCCAACAACCUCAGGCUCCCCUUCCCAUGACCCAUCCGCAGCCCUCUACUAUGUACCCUUCAGCUCCAGGAGUGAAUGUACCUGCAAGUGCCCCCCAGCAAACCAAUGCCAUGGGCCCACAUGGUCCACACGUUCCCCCCGCUCAGCACAUGAUCCAGCCCUCUCCUGGAGGUCCUUCAGUGGCUCAAGCACCCAACGCUGUCCCUCCUUCCCCUUCGCCUUCCCCCUCCCCAUCUCCCUCUCCAGGUCCUACCUCUCUAAGUCUGAACCCCCAGCAGAGACCCACCCCAGCCCCCACCCCUGGAGGUACAGCUCUACCCACUCUUCCCUCUCCUUCUGCUGUCUCUCCCUCCACAUCGCAGUUUCAGCGCCAGAACUCCAGCACAGAUGACCUCCUCUCUUCGAGCCCCGAGAGUCAACCUGGAGGCACCAAGGCCCCCACCAAUGUCCUCCAACCCACCAAAGCUGACCCGCAGGAUGGGGAGCGACGCAAGAAGAGCUCCCAGGCAGUUCUCCUGAUCCAGGGCGACCCUUACCAAACCCCAGAGCGUGUUGCCCGUCUUCACGGUGAACUUGAACGUUACAGAGCCCAGGUAGAUUCCCUGGAGCACCCCUCAGAGAAUGAGGGUGGCCUGUCGGUGCUGGACGCCCGCUGGAAAGAGCUCCAGGACCAGCAGGAGAAGGACGCCCGCCAACUCUCGAUCGCAAUCGCCCGCUGCUACACCAUGAAGAACCGUCACCAGGACGUCAUGCCCUACGACCUCAACCGCGUGGUGCUGCAAUCAGGCAAAGACGACUACAUCAACGCCAGCUAUGUGGAAGACUUGUCGCCAUACUGCCCAUGCCUUAUUGCCACACAGGCUCCGCUCACCGGCACAGCGGCAGACUUCUGGCUGAUGGUGUAUGAGCAGAAGGUGUCAAUGGUUGUCAUGCUGGUUUCAGAGCAGGAGCUGGAAAAGGGAAAGGUUGUGCGCUACUUCCCAACCGAGCGCGGCCAGCAGGUCUCUCAGGGACCAAUCACACUCAUCCUGACCACGCAGAAGACCACACCGACGCACGUCGAGCGCAUGAUCAGCCUGCAGUACCGCGACCAAAGCCUAAAACGCACUGUCGUCCAUCUCCAGUUCACCUCCUGGCCGGAGCUGGGUCUUCCUGACAGCAAGAGCAACCUGCUGCGAUUCAUCCAGGAGGUUAAUGGACACUACUUCCACCAGAGGCCCUUACACACACCUGUCGUGGUGCACUGCAGCUCGGGCGUGGGACGCACCGGCGUCUUCUGUCUGCUGUAUGCUGCGCUGCAGGAGCUGGAGGCAGGAAACGGGAUCCCAGACCUUCCAGUGCUGGUGAAGAAGAUGAGACAACAGAGGAAGAACAUGCUACAGGAGAAGCUCCACCUGAAGUUCUGCUAUGAGGCCGUGUUGAAGCACGCUGAGCAGGUCCUUCAGAGACACGGGAUCACUACCGCCACCUACAGCAAGAACACCAACUCUGCAGCCACAAAGCCUUACCCGAGACAGGAGUCCCAGCAGGACCUCGUCCUCGGUGGUGACAUGCCUAUCAGCUCCAUCCAAGCUACCAUCGCCAAGCUCAGCAUCCGGCCGCCGAGCGCCACAGACCCAGCCAUGGAGGCCGCCUAUGGCCUGGAGGAGCAGGUUGGCGCCAUCUUAACCGGCCUCGACUCGCCGGGUGAAGUCCAGCUGCUCCAGGACCUCUAUCCACCCACAGAUCCCCAGCCCCCCUCCUCUUUCAGCCCGCCUCUCACCUGCCCUACCCACUCUCCACCACCGCCCAACGGCCUGGACGCGGCCUCCCCCUCCACGUCGCCAUCAGCCAACCACCAGCCGGCCCCAGAGGCUACGCCCAGCGUCAGCCCGCCUGCUGCUUCCCCAGCUCCGGCUCCCUCGUCGCUGGAGCUGCUGGCCGCGAUGACGCCCGAGGCCUUCUCCAUGGAGGGAGGGGGCAAAGGGAAGCACAGGGUGACCAAGCAGAGCUUCCUGCAGCCAGCGGAGGGUCAGGGUCUCCAUGGGACUCGAGGGGAGGAAGGUGACGACCCGCUCAGCAGCCUGGACCCGCUCUGGGGCCUCGGCAAGCGCUGAGACGAGUCCACGCAUCGCUGCCCUUCUCUCACUUUACCACCAGGCGUUAGCGAAGGCCUCUAGCUCUUUCUAAUCCUGCUUAUAAUAGGAAAACAAACCAAAACACUGAAUCCUGAGAGCGUAACAACAUUUUUUUGCGGUAUCGAUUACCAAGACGUGCCUGGUGGCAAGACGGUAGGGGUUCAGUUUUGAAGUUUGGGUUUUAGCCGUGUGGUACCUGAAACACAAACGCACUAGCUGCUGCUUCAAUCACUGGCGGCUUCUGGGACCAGAUCACUAUGCACUUGUCUGUAUUCCUUCUGUCGCUCUUUGCUGCUUUUCUUUCUACGUUUGGAUGUUCUGCACUCCCAGCACCAGAUCUGGGCCAACAACAAAAAAUCCCAGAAUGCACUCCACUUUUUGUAGCCCCCCUUGAGAGCGCGAUGGUGUUCGGCUGCUCUUCUCUUGCGAUUGUUUUGAACUGGAAUAACGGAUGCAUGGAGUUGCAGGCAGGCCGGAGGAGCUGGGUGGAGUUAUCUUAAGGACACAAACACCUAACUCAAUCAAUGUGUAUAGCUCAGUUGUCAAGGUAACACAGAGCAGCAUACAAAUCCGCACGUCUUAACAAGUUGAUUAUUUUUCUUCAUCAGUAACACUGUAAAUACCUUAAAUAAAGUUAGACUACUCCAAACGUCCUGGUAAACUUUCACUAAUCAUUCAUUAUUGUAAACAAACAAAAAAAUUAAAUAAAUCCAGUAGACAGACAA